CAAUUCUCGAAGUUCUCGAUAUUUUCUUUCUCGAGGUGUUGUACCUUCAUCCACGCGGUAUUCAAUACAGACUCAUACCUACUAGCGUUGUUGGCAUAGCAGGAAUCAUCGGUACUAUUGUUAUAGAAACAAGUCGUGUUGAUGGUUUUCGCAAUGAGCUGCCACCAAUAGCUGUUCCACUGGGUACCAUAUUCGAACGCUCAAAAAAGAAGAAAGCACGAUUAUCCGUAGACAACGCGAACAAAAGAAGGCCAACAUGUGGAUUUGACAACGAGCAGCAAGACACUAAUGAUUUGAUGGUUACUGAAUCUAACGGAGGUCCACGUCGAGUAGUAGUCUGGUCAAAUUUUAUCCUUCAAAUAAUUCAAGUAUUUAUUGAGGUUAUAAUGCGAAUUUUCUACUGGUUGAGGUCGUUAUUCUAUUCAGGGAGUCAGCCUGUAUCAAAUAAUGGCGGUGUUACGCCACAAAACGAUGGCAAUAACGAAGGUAUAGACGAGAUUGAUUUGGACGAAGAGAUAUAUCAAAAGUUUCUUCGUGAAGAUCUAGACGAUCGGGAUGAUGAAGAAGAUGAUGACUUUACAUGGACCAGUACAUCUUCACAAAUUGUAAAUGAAGAUUCUUGUGAAGAUAAUGAUUCAGAACAUGAAGAAGAUCUUACAAUUCCUGGUGAUGAACUAAUGUUAUUAGGAAAUGACCUCCGAGAACAUGAGGAACAACAAGCAUCUUCCUCCACAUCAAUGACAACCACAACACCACCGUCCUCACUUAUGCAUUCGUUUUUUGCUCACUUGAUGCAUUCCUCGAUACUCACUCGCACACAGUAUAAAAAACUCUCGCAGAAUAAUAUGUUUUCCACGUCACUUGAUGAGUCGUCUGCACUAAUGUCGCUGAUAAAUGAAAGACGUAUGCCACGUUCAACAUCUCAGCCCAUAACCGAUCGUCCCUUCGAUUUGGAUUAUCCCUCGAAAUAUGAAUCAACCGUGAGAGAUGGUCCUGUGCGAUGCAUUAGUUUCAACAAACGAGGUACGAUGUUGGCCGGUGGUUGCAGCGACGGAUUCUGCAUAGUAUGGGAUUUUCAAUCGAUGAGUAUUAUUCGAAAAGCGAAAUGUCACUCCUUCCCGGUGACUGGCGUAAGUUGGUCACGCAAUGGUCAUUGCGUGCUUUCGUGCGGUGAGGAUGAAAAGUGCGUCUAUUGGGAUUUGGCGAAAGGCGCACAAAAAGUCGUUCAUUUCGGCUUACUUCGAAGCUCAUUUGUUGGCGAUAGUUCUAUGUUUGUCGUCUCGUUAUUUCAAGAAUUGCCGGUAAUCGUGGAACUGGGCGACGACACUAUUCGACAUUUCUCUCUACCGACUAACUCGGAUACGCCGUCGGAAAUGAAUUUAUCCGUAUUAGAGAAAAUGAAUUCCUCAAAAGAUGUAAUCGUGCAAACUUUGGAUAAAACAAUUCGCCUAUAUUGGUUGGAUGACCAGGGAUUGCAUAAUUCGGAACUGUUGUUUGCGGAAACCGUCAAUAAAAAUAAUUGGAAUCAAUGUUGUUUCAGUCAAAUUGGCGAAUACAUAAUUGGAGGCUCCGCAAAGGUGGCUUCUCAUGAGAUAUACAUAUGGGACAUAGGAACUGCCAGGCUGGUCCAAACUUUGCAAGGUCCUUAUGAAACCCUCAUAGAUCUCGCCCAACAUCCGGUACAACCGGUCAUCGUGUCGUUGGAUGAACAGGGAGCCAUACACACAUGGACAACACGUCACAAAGAGGACUGGGUCAAUUGGGAUCCAGGGUUUACGGAGAUCCACGACAACAUAGUGUACGAAGAGCGGGAGGAUGAAUUUGAUGUGAUGAGCGACGAUGAAAACUUUGGCGUGCAAAGUGAUCAAGUUCAAGAAGUGAUCGAUGAUGAAGAAAUUGAUGUGGCGACGGUUGAUAGGCCGGAGAAUUCGGACUCAUCUGAUGACGGGGAAGAUUUCCUUAAUUUGUAUGAUUCCGGAGUGGAAAAUACAGAAAUUUACACCAUCGCAAGGAAUGCACAGACUGGGUCUUCGGGGGAUAGAAUCAUUUCAAACGCUACCAACCUAGUGCAAAGUACAAAAAUGAAAGAAAAGAGCAAGAUUCGUGUUGGGUAUGAGGAAGAAACUAAUGGAUGGACGAAAAGAUCAUGA